AUGUUGGUGAUAGAGGCUGCUGAUCUGGUGUGGUCAAAGUUUGUCUCCCUACUAUGCACUUUGCCUCUUCCCAUUCCAGCUGCCUUACAAGCACUGAAGAGGAAAAAGAGGUACGAGAAACAGUUGAGUCAAAUUGAUGGGACACUUUCGACCAUUGAAUUCCAGAGAGAGGCAUUGGAAAAUUCCCACACCAACACAGAAGUGCUAAAGAAUAUGGGUUAUGCUGCACAAGCUAUGAAAAAAGUACAUGAAAAUAUGGACUUGAACAAAAUUGAUGAUUUGAUGCAAGAUAUCACUGAACAGCAAGAUGUUGCCCAGGAAAUAUCAGACGCUAUCUCAAACCGAGCCGCCUUUGGUGAUGAGUUUGAUGAGGAUGAGUUGAUGGCAGAAUUAGAAGAACUGGAGCAAGAAGAAUUGAACAAGGGAAUGAGAGAUGUCAGGUUGCCAAGUGUUCCGUCCACAUCGCUGCCUUCUCGCCCUGCAUCGACCAGGAAAAGAGCAGAGGAUGAAGAUGAAAUGAAGCAGCUGGCUGCCUGGGCUUCAUAAGAGCAUGGUCUUUUUAUAACACUGAACAUUAGAGCUGUAAUGCUGUUUUAUAACCGUACCGAUUUAGCGUGGUUGCAUUUCACACAGGCUGGUUUUUUUUAUGGCCAAUCUUGCUAAGAAGUAGUGUUACUUCCAUAUUACAAAAGUAAUUUAAAAAUGAACAAACAAAAAAAUGCAAUAGUUGCCAAAACCUCCAAGCAUCAAAGUUUUUUUUCAGCCUUGGCAAGAGAUUUGUUUUGUUAUUAGUAUCAGUUUUUAUUAGGUAAUGUCUUACUAUAUCUUGCUGGUUUGUAAAACCUGUGUGCCUCACUUAUACACACAGCUGGAUUCAUUGUUGAAAUGAAAAAGUUCAAUAAGUCAUCAAGGCCCUAUCCUGGAGGGUUAUUUGGUUCAGACUAUUUGAAUAUUAGCAAAACAGCUUUAUACAUAUCCUGACUUGCAAGUUCCUUUGAGGCUAACAGCUAAUAGCCAUUCAUUUGGGCAUGGAGAUUUAAAGAGUCUGUCUGGAGCAACUGCUGUCCUAGAUAUUAAGAGGAGACUUUUCUGCAGAUUUUUUUGAAGUGGGAUAGGUUUUUUGUUUUGUUUUACUUUGGCCAGAAUAUCUCAUGCAUUCCUAUAGGUCAACUUGAAUUGUAUUUUGAACUAUUUCCAACUCAGUUAAAGAACAGUUUUACAGUGAUUGGGGAAAAUGAAAUGUCCAAGUUCUUACAGAUGCUUGCCAAACAAAACUGAUUUCCGUUAACCUGUAAAAAAUCCAGAAGAGAUUUGACCUUCCUGUGUUCUUCUUCUCCACUGUGUCUUUCUAGGGUGAGUCUUUACUUUGUAUGAUGAUACUCAUCCUCAAAGGAAUUAGUAACGCAUUUUUUUUAAUUAUACAAUUUCAAAAUAAUUUUAAUUUCUGAGCAUUCAGUUCUUUUCUCUCAUUCAGUUUCUGAAUGGAAAUAAUACCACCAUGUUGUAUUUGAAAUGCCUUUCUAACCCUGGUUAAAAGCUGAUUCUGAAUUACUUGUAAAGUUGACGUGUUAUUGUCCAACUGACAGUUUUUUAGCUUAAGGAACAAAUGCCAUUCUGAGUGCUGAAGUACUAUAUAUAUAGAGAAAUCACUGUUCAAAUACAAAACAAAAAUUAAAUAGGCUGCUUUGUACUAAUAAAUUUUAUUAAAUAAGACUUAAGCUCUAUGCUAGUAGCCUGCUGUCAAUCACAAGGAAAUAGUAAAACACUGUGGAGUUCCUAGGGAUGUGGGAAGCAGUCACAUUGAUCUAGGUUUCUUGUUUUCAAAUUUAAAUUUACUGAUGAUUGGACCACUUGGGGAAUAGUGGGAGACUUGGUUUCUGUAGAUCUAUAGCAACAGAAGACUGACCCCUUCUCCUGUGGGCUUUAGCCUGUGAUUUGCUGGGUGUUUAGCCUCAAUAGGCUACAAUAGGCUCCAGCUUAUUGGAUUUUAGGUUAAGCAUAAACUAAUGUGUGUUUGUGGACAUGGCGUGCUGGCAUGCUCAGAACCUUUCAAGUUGAGUUCCAUAGAUGAAACCCAAAAUACACAAACCCUGUGGAGAGAUUCAGUUUUUCAGGACUUUGUCAUACUCUGUAGUGGAAUUGCUUUUGGUUUGCAUCCAUAUGAAAGGAGAAUCAAGCCUUGUCAUUUUACUUUGGAUAAAUUUCCUACUGGAAGAAAAUAAGUGUGUUAAUUCUGUCCCAAAGUUUGGAGAUACCAGGAAAAUUGUCCCUUUCUGUUGAGAGUAGAGAAAACCUGGAACUAUUCAAUUCUUUGUUUUUAAAAAAAAAACCCAAAACCUAAAGACCUGCCUUAAAUUUAAAAAUACAUUUUGAAUACAUAGGAAACCAAACACUAGCAAAAUGUUACUCAGUUUUAAUGCUUGCUGAAAUUCAGGAUGAGAUGUCAACUGAAAGCAGGCAUAUUUAAUAAAAUAAGAAAUAUUCUGAGUUACUUAUAAUCCACUUGCUGAUCCUUUUGGCUGGAAUCCUGUUUUCCAGGUAUGCAGCCUAUGCAAGUCUCUGAAUUGGGUAUAGAAGGUAUUAGCGUACCAUGCGAGGCUGGCCAUGUGCUUGUGGACACAUCUGCUAUUUCUAAAUGCGAGGCCAUGCCAACAUAGUCCUGUGCUUAGCUUGGAAAAGUUGGUUUCUAGCAUCUGUUCUUGGUUAAAUUAGUAGUUUUCCAAUACUUGGCACUUACGUAGCACUUAGCAUAUUUAAAGUGCUCCACAACCUAACGAAAGUAGGUCUCUAAGCUUCCAGUUUGAAACUAAAGCGAUUUUAAGUCUGCUUUGGAAGACGUGGACCUGCAGUUUUUGUGCAAGAACUUCCCAUGAGAACACCCUGCAGGGGAAAAAAAAUCCUAGGGAAGGUUUUCUUCUUUGCAAGCUAGCGUCUGACUGCUGACCUCCAGCAGUGUUUUGGCCAAGUGUUGGUCCUGGGAAUCUUCAGGUGUCUUCAGGUUAUUGGUUUCAGACCAGGUACUUUAGGAACAAAAUUUCUGAAGGGUGAAGAAAAACUGUGGUCGUUUGGGUGAGUUUCUCUAAAAGCUUGUGUGUAGUGGCUGGUGAUUCUGGAGGACAGAGUCAUACAGCAAUUCACAGGCUAGGACACGUGUGGUUGGUGAAGCUAUACUCAGAAGUACUAUAGUCAUGUCCACGAACCAAAAUACAGUAUGGACCUCCAGAACUGAAGUGCUUGUUGCCGUAUUUGUUUGGGAGAUGGUAGAUGACUGGUUUUCUUCAAAAGCAAAGGGGUUCUAGGGAUUUAAUUCAGCUGAGGAGGUGGCUCUUUCCUGUGUAAAUUCAGAUGGCGCUGGGACAAAUGGCUCUUCCUUUUUUGAACAUCGGUCUCUCUUCAUGCCAAGAUGGUAUUUGUUUAGUAUGUAAGCAGACGAGAGUGAGUAGUGUCAAUGUGUUACUGUAAACGUACUCUCUAUUAACUGGAACAUAUUUUACAAGAGGACUGUGGCAGCAGAUGGUGUACUAUAGCUGACUUCCUUUCUUGUUUCUUAUUUAUUUUGAGAAUGUUUUGUUCUCUUAACAGGCUUGGGCAUUUUUAAUCUGGAUAGCUUUAAAAGGGGGAAAAUAGAUUAAUAAAAAGUAAAAAAAAAAUUAUAUAUAUGUGCUGUAAAUAAAUACUUUGGUGUCAUAUUUGUGUUAUAUGAUUGUAUUAAAUUUAUUUUCCUACCAGG